AAACGUCUCACAAAGCUGCAGAUACCGCAAUUGCAUGAGCCAUUGGAGUCAACUGAUAGUAACAGUUCAGCCAUUGAAGAAUUGCUAAAUAAUUACUUAAACUUAGUCAGUUUUCUUUAUAACUGUAUCUUUAAUAUCCGGACAAUACAUACUAAGACUUACAACCUCACAUUUAUUAAUUUUCAUAGAAACAGAAGAGUGAUAAUAAAGGGACAAACAUUAAGUGUGACUUAAGGAAAUUUGUGACAACAGAAGGUAUCAGUUUCGCUUCAAUAACAACCAACAACGAAGGUGCUAUUUCGUCGUUCUUUAAUCUCAUAGGGCCUUCAGAGUUCUUAAACUCAAAACUCAGUGCCCGAAAUUGGCUUAUCACUCCCUUGGAUACAUGUGCGCAGUGCGGUUAAUGUGUUGGACAAAGGCUUUUUUGUUUCAAUCUUCGUUGCUACAUAUGGUUUCAUCAGUAUCAUCAGUUAACCUGUCUUCACUCUUGGAAUCUAAUAAAGGUGUGUGCGUCGGCAUAGAGAGAAUUUAACUGCUGAAAAAUAUUUCGAUAGAGAGUGGGUGAAACAAUAUGUAGAUUAGAUUCUAUCGAACAAACUUAGCCCUGUGAUAGCAUUAUCGCCAAAAAUUGAACCAGCAAAGCUCACGCUCUCGACAACAGCAUCCCGAUUUUUCUCUUCAAAUAUAUCCCUGUUGAAGGACACCGAUGAGACUUCAAUCUGCAUGCAACUUGUGAUAUGGGCUGUUGAUGCUCAGGAACGAUGCCGGCCGUCACCGUUUGUGGCCGUUUGUCAAGCGCGCACUUCGUAAGUGUUGGCAUAGGGGUCGUGAAGGCAUUUCACGAAACGGGUGUGCAAGCGUCAUAUCUCCAGCAAACAAAUGUUUCCUUGACUGUACUAGGAUCCGCAUAGCAAAUUUAACAGUGGAAUUUUUGGUCUAAAAUGCCCAUCUCGAUGGCAUCUUCUGACUUAUUCGGAGGACACCUUCACAUCGCAGCAAUAUGUCUCGGACAGCAGCAAAACGCCAACAAGGAGAGACAAUCUGCCAACUACCUGUCAUAGCGAGCAAGGGAUCAUCUUUCCAAAAACGCUCCACUCGGACCCACUGCACAGACAGAACCCACCGUUCGCUGAAGCGACAGGUAAAUUGUGUAUUUGAUCUCCGCCUCACUGAUUUGAAACUAUGCGCUUAGUUGAAGCGGGUCUAAACCGAUUCAUAACAUUAUUGUUAGUGAUUACGAGCGUCGAUAAUUGUCGACCCUACGGGCUGGGUUGAAGUCCCUAUUGUAUCUUCCGUAUGUUCGUCGAAUCGUGCAGAGAUUUAACCAAAAAGCAUCGGAACGUCAAGUUACUUAUCUUAUUUAAAGGAGUGGAGAUAAGUGGGAUUCGACAUCGCUACUCAUCGAGAACAACAGGAACUGCCCCAGCUUUAGCGGUUUUCCAGCUCGACUAAUCAUACAAAAUUACCAUAUGGAGAGUCGUACUAAUUAAAGUCGUUAUAUCCGGCAUACCAAGUCUGGUGAACUUUUACGUGCAGCACCCGAUAUACAAUAUAGCACUGGCCUUAUUGCAACAGCGAAUAUUUAAUGUAAUAGAGAAACCACAAGAUUGACUUGAAACCAACUGGAUCGAUAGAACGUAGUUUGGUGAAAGAAAGUGAUUUUUAUUUGGUGACAAAAUCCGUGUUAAAAAAGUGUGUGCAGGUGGUCAGGUCUUUAGGCAAUGCGUGCCGGCUGCCCCGGAUGGCUCUCGUGAUGCCAGAGGGAGCUUCACAGACGGCCAACGCUACGCUCCCUACCGUCACAGCAAAUGCCGGCGGUCAACUGGUUCUAGAGAACUCGUGGAAGCAGUACUACCAGGCGGAGGAGAAUCCAUUAAGCGCCCCUGCUGCGGCCAUGCUCAACAUUCAUGGAGAGCAAUCUCACGGUUCAAGUUUAGCCUACGAGGGAUAUGCUCUCAAGCCUCCACCACAACCUAAUAAUCUUGGUCCACCGCUCACUGUGCCCGCUACUCGGCCUGACAUGUGGAGCGAGCAGAUGGGUACCUCACUGAAGCCAGCGGCCUCCAUUCAAGAGAAGAGCGACGUGUUCUUAAAUGACGUUAAAAAAGAUCCUGGUUCUCCAGAUCGACUUUGCCAAAAAAGCCCCGUCAACUCCCAGGUGUUUACAUCCGAAAGUCCAUCUCCGGCCGAGACAAAGGAAGUCGGGCUGGAUGAUGUGCCCCUCUCAAUACUCGUCCAGGUAAAGCAAGAGCCAUCGCAGCCGUCAGGAAACCCACCGAUUUCUAACGCCCAGACUACUGCAAAUCUGGCUCACACGCAAGCAGAACCCAAGUCCCCUUACAGUCCAGCCUACGCUACGGUUCAGCAGACACACUCAUUCGGCGAUAUAUUUUCUGCUUUGUCGGGUAAUGUAGCCCCACAAGCUUUUGUGACAACGGUUCCAUCUAAGCCCACGAGCCCGCAACCGGUGUUUACUGACGCAACUGCACCCGAAGUGGGGCUACAGAAUACUACGACGGGACACUUUUACAGGGACUACUACCAAGGAAAUGGAGACUUUAGUACGCGAGCUAUAAGCACUUCUCAGCAACAGGCUUUAACUGUGACUGCAUUUCCCACCGACGUACUUUCCAAUGCUAGCGUAACUACAACGACUCUCUCAUCUACGGACCCGCUUUUUGUAGAGCGAUACAUCCGCCAAAGUUCUCAAUCAGCCCUUCAACUUCAAGGAUACAAAGCGUCCUUAAAUGGCCUCACGGUCGAUUUACCUUCUCCAGAUUCAGGGAUUGGGGAAACUAUGACACCUCGAGAACCGACAGGUCUUCCUCAGAUAUUUGAUUAUUCCGAUAUUCCAAAUUCAACCACACCACUUAUUGGAAGUUCUUCCGUAGGGACACCUGUAGUUGUUGUGGGCCCUUUAGGUGCGGCCCAAGUUACAACUCAAACUGUAGCCAGUGUGGUUCAAACAGAGCUCGUGACUACAUCUCGAACGAGCCAAAGAUGCCGCUCAUGGCACGACUACGGGAGAGCCAAUGAAAGCGACAAAAUUCUCAUACCAAAAAUCCAUUCGGAAGUGGGUUUUAAGUACUUUCUGGAAUCUCCGAUUUCUACGUCAGUUCGUAAAGAGGAUGAUCGCAUCACCUACAUCAACAAAGGUCAAUUUUAUGGCAUCACACUAGAGUACAUCCCAGACUCAGGACGGCCUUUAAAAAAUACGCCCGUCAAGAGCUUAAUCAUGUUGGUUUUCCGUGAGGAAAAAAGUGCUGAGGAUGAAAUCAAGGCUUGGCAGUUCUGGCAUUCGAGACAGCACUCAGCUAAGCAACGCAUUUUAGACGCGGAUUCAAAAAACUCAUCCGGGAUAAUUGGAGGCGUCGAGGAAAUAACUCACAACGCCAUUGCCUUUUACUGGAACCCUUUAGAAGGACCUGCCAAGAUGAAUGUGGCCGUCCAGUGCUUGUCUACCGACUUCAGCAACCAGAAAGGUGUCAAAGGUCUUCCGCUUCAUAUCCAAAUUGAUACGUAUGACGAGUACUGUGAAGGCGCUCAACCGAUAAGUCGAGGCUAUUCUCAGAUAAAAGUGUUUUGCGAUAAAGGUGCUGAGCGCAAGACCCGUGACGAAGACAGGCGCUCACAAAAGCGAAAACUCUCUGCCACGCAAAAUGGGCGCAAAAAAAUUGAAGAGAUGUAUCACGCCUCAUGUGAACGUACCGAGUUUUACUCCAUGGCGGAGCUCGUGAAGUCUCCUGUAUUGUUUACCCCAAAUGAGAAUACAGAAAAGCUUAUGCAGCAGCGACAACAAACACAAGGGGUCCAAGGCAAUAAUGCAAACGUUACGGAACUGAACUAUUACACGAACGGAAGCCUCGGUGAUCUUAAUUCACAAGGAAUUGAAGCGUGCUCUCGGCCGGGUUCAACAAGCGAUUCGCUUCAUGACUGGUCAGGCAUCUACACCCACAAUCGUGACCGUGAAGUUUUGGCAAACAACGAUGUGACGUCCGCCGCUCCACCGUUGAAAAAGCUAAAAGUCUUCCCGUCAGAUAGGGUUAUGAUUUACGUACGACAAGAUAAAGAAGAGAUUUUUCAGCCGCUGCAUAUUAUUCCGCCUAGCCUCACUGGGCUUGUAAAGGCAAUUGAGAUUAAAUACAAGGUGCCUGUGAAUAAAAUCAAGAGCCUGUACAAACAGUGCAAAAAAGGGGUCACCAUUGAGAUGGAUGAUAGCGUGGUAAAGCACUACUGCAACGAGGAUACCUUUCAGAUGAGUGUUUUGAAGAAUCCGGAUGACGAUAGCCUCCUAGUAACAUUAUGCGAACUCUAAUGACACUAUUGUCUACUAAAGGAGAUCCUAUAUGCUAUCGGUUCGAACGUUAAGGAGCAGUAAUCAUAGGAGACAACGAGCGGAGUAUUUUGGAUUGUUUGUUAGUGCGAACCAGAAAGAAGACAUAGGACUCUUGACCAGAUAGCCAUAAUCAUGUAAAGCGUUAUGUGCGGAGUUAAAAAUAUAUGUAUUACGCUUGAACUAAUAGAUAUAAAUAGGUCUAAGCUAGACGAUUAAAGGGUAGAUUAAAAAGAUUUAGGACACUAAAGUCUUCUGCAAGAAAGUGGAUGAUGCAGUGUCAAAUAAGCAGGCGAUUUUUUAGAAGCAAAAAAGAGUUUAUUCUCAUAUAUUUUUAUACAAACGUAUCGCCAUAUAUUAGGUUGUCAAAAAAGUAUCGACCGUUUUUCUAGUUAGUUUGCUUUGAAACCACAUAAUUCAGAUAAUAUAAGCCGCCCCAGGUCGGUGUCAGUGUCAUUGGAAAACCCAGAUUUGGCGGUACUAGAUUAGCUAAAAUUGUUAUAAUACCUUUAUUCAGACCUAAAACACAGCGCCCUGCAGAUGAGUGAAAUUUUUGUAAAAAGUCGCUGUAGUCUACAAUUUUAUUAUUAUAAAGGCACAAAUGCUAGUUAGGCCCUCAAAAAGUUUGUGGCCAAGGUUCGUUAUCAAAGGAAAUGACCCAAAGAUAAUUCUGUCGUUUUCGUUUUGAAAAUUUCGAUGCGAAAAUGCUCUUCAUACAGGUUGACCAUUACAAAAAAAAGUUGAUGAAAUCACUGCAAGGCUGACAUAUAAGCAGCCAUGAUAUUACCAAGAAACUAAACAUCCAGAAUCAAAUAGUCUCGGACCAUUUGAAGAAAACUAGUUACAAAAGAAAGCUCGACGUCUUGGUGCCACACUAUUUGGAGCGAAAGAUGUACUUGAUCUCAUUUCCAUCCAGAAAACUCGAGCCAUUUCUAAAGCAGUUGAUUGUGGAUGGUGAAAAGUAGAUCAUAUACGAUAAGACUGUGCAAAUAAAAAAGUAUAACAUAAAUUGUGCUCCGCAAUCCGUGGCAAAGCCCAGACUGACGCCAAAGAACGUGAUGCAAUGUGUUUGGUGGGAUUGGAAAGGAAUAAAAAGAAAAGGAUAAAUUGGUCCCGCCUAGUAAAUCGAUUGAUUCAGAUUUUUAGUGUAAAUAACUAAGAAAAUUACGAGAAGCCAUUGAAGAAAUCGAUUGGAACUAGUGAACUGGAAAGAUAUCGACUUCCGUUAAAAACAAUGACAGACAAGAUAUAUCCUUAGCUUCUGUGCAAGAAUUGAGAGAACGUGCAUAACAAAUUUAAGAGCAUUUGUCGUAUAGUCCGGGUAUUGCGUUAUCAAACUAUUAUCUGUGCCGGUAUGUAUAGAGCACCCUUAAUUAUAUUAAUUCAGUUGCAAUGGAGAAAUGCAUCAAUCAUUUGUCACAAUUUUUCCUUGAGAAACCACAUAGAUUCUACAGUGAUGGGAUCAUUGUGUUACCAGAAAAAUAACAAAAAAUCACCGAUCGAAACGGCGCAUAUUUUAAUUAGAAUUAUGUAAAAAUAUUUGC